CAUCAGUGUCUUGCGACAGUUGACAAUUGAGGUUAGGUUUUCCGUUUUAGAGAAGUUUUCAGUUUUCAUUAAAUUUCUCACUGUAAUUAAAUUUCUAUAAAUAUUAUACAGAUUUAUAGAAUUUUGUGAAAAAUGACUGCAUUUGAAGAAUUCGGUGUACUACCGGAAAUUUCAAAGGCUUUGGAUGAAUUGGCUUGGAUGUUACCUACAGAUAUUCAAGCUGAAGGGAUUCCUCUCGUACUUGGUGGAGGAGAUGUACUUAUGGCUGCCGAAACUGGUAGUGGAAAAACUGCAGCAUUUUGUCUCCCAGUUAUCCAGAUAGUAUGGGAAACUCUAAAGGAUAUACAGUCUGGAAAAUCAGCUAAGGCAGCUAAAGAGAGCAUGUCUAUUCCAUGGACAAUGUCAACUCUAGACAGAGGAAACGCUAUAGCUGUAGCUCCUGACGGUAAAAGGGUGCAAUCGAGAGAACAAAAAGACUGGCAUGGGGUCAGAUGUACAAGAGGAAUAAACAGUGGAAAAUGGGGAUUCGAAGCCACUGUAACAGAUGAAGGACUCUGUAGAGUAGGUUGGUCUACGCUGACAGCUAAUUUGGAUCUUGGUACAGACAGGUUAGGUUUCGGUUUCGGAGGCACAGGGAAGAAGUCGAACAAUAGACAAUUUGAUAACUAUGGAGAACCAUUCGGCAAGAGCGACGUCAUCACUUGUCUAUUGGAUGCAGACUCUGGAGAAGUAAAAUUCUUGAAAAAUGGAGUGAAUCUUGGUACAGCUUUUACGGCUGAUAAACAAAUCAUUAGUCAGGGAAUGUUUCCAGCAGUUGUUCUAAAGAAUGCUGAAAUGGAGUUUAACUUUGGAAGUACUCCAUUUAAGCAUAGUUUGCCUGAUGGAUAUAAGCCAAUAAUCUCAGUACCCCACGAUAAAAUUUUUAAAAAUACAAAUGGUCAAAAUGAUGCAGCUGGUCAAGGUAUCAAGCUCAUGAACAACGCACCACAGGCAAUCAUUAUUGAGCCAUCUAGAGAAUUGGCCGAACAGACCAGUGAACAGAUUAAAAAGUUCAAGAAAUAUCUAAGUGAUCCUGUCAUCCGAGAACUUCUUGUCAUAGGUGGAAUUAAUAUUAAAACGCAAAUCUCCCAUCUUCAGAAUGUUGGAGCUGAUAUUAUUGUUGGAACACCUGGAAGAUUGGAGGAUCUGAUUACAGGAGGUUACUUGUCUCUAGCGAACUGCCGAUUUUUUAUUCUUGAUGAGGCUGAUGGUUUACUUAAACAAGGAUAUACUAAUUUGAUCGAAACACUACAUAAACAAAUGCCAAAAGUUACAUCAGAUGGCAAACGGUUACAGAUGAUCGUGUGUAGUGCCACAUUGCAUGCUUUUGAAGUUAAGAAAAUGGCUGAAAAAUUGAUGUAUUUUCCUACAUGGGUCGAUCUGAAAGGAGAAGAUGCCGUCCCAGAAACAGUUCACCAUGUUGUAGUAACAGUAGAUCCCCAAAAGGAUAAGUCAUGGGGUAAUUUAAGAAGACACAUUAAUACAGAUGGCGUGCACAAUGAAGACAACGUUAGACCUGGCAAUAAUAGUCCCGAAACAUUGAGUGAAGCCGUCAAAUUAUUAAAAGGUGAAUACUGCAUUCGAGCCAUAGACAAACAUAACAUGGACCGAGCUAUUAUUUUCUGUCGUACAAAACUGGACUGUGACAAUUUGGAAAAGUAUAUGAAGAUGAUCGAUAGAAAUCAUUACUCCUGUGUGUGCUUACACGGUGAUAGAAGACCCCAAGAAAGAAAAGCUAACUUGGAAGCUUUCAAAAACAAUAAAGUCAAAUUUUUGAUUUGUACUGAUGUUGCAGCUAGAGGGCUCGAUAUAACUGGUCUACCGUUUACAAUCAAUGUAACAUUGCCAGAUGAAAAAUCCAACUAUGUUCACAGAAUUGGACGUGUAGGAAGAGCUGAAAGAAUGGGUCUUGCCAUAAGUUUAGUUAGUACAGUACCAGAAAAAGUGUGGUACCACGGUGAAUGGUGUUCAUCGAGAGGAAAAAACUGCCGGAAUACCAACUUAACCGAUAACCAUCCUAAGGGAUGCUGUAUAUGGUACAAUGAACCACAGUUCAUUGGCGACAUUGAAGAACAUUUGAACAUCACCAUUCAGCAAAUCGGACCUGACAUGGAGGUACCACAAGAUGAAUUCGAGGGCAAAGUUAUUUAUGGAGAAAAACGAAGAAAUAUGGGCUCGCUGUAUGAAAACCACACCGCGCAGAUGGCGCCCAUUGUCAGAGAACUGUCUAAGUUGGAAAGCAGUGCCCAAACACUGUAUGUCCAGAGACAUCUAACUAAGUUAACUAGAAUUUGCUAAGGCUUAACAGAUGAUUAAUUUGCUAUUAAAGGAGUUCUAAAGAAAAUAAGGAGAAAUGGGCCAUGUUAAACAAAAAGCAACCAACCCUCAAUUUGUAAAUUAAGAGAAAAUUAACUUUUUAUGUUUUUCUAAAUAUUUAAUUUUCCGUCGUAUUUUUUAAACGAUAACUUCACUAAUCAAUAGUUUAAUUUUAGAGCAAUUUUAUCAUAGUAGUAUCAAAAUUAUCCUAAUAAAUUUUUACAAAAAAAAUAGCCAUAUUGAGGGUUGGUUUCUUUUUGCUGUUGAAAAUAUAUCUAAUAAAAUGCAAUCUGCAAAAUCCAACCAACCCACAAAAUCCAUGAAUAAAACCGAAUAAUUUCAGUCAACUCAGUAAUACAAUACAGUACAAUUUCUACUAUUAAACAUAAUAUCAAUACAAAUAAAAAAUAUGCGAUAAUCAGUCAAAACAACAAACCAUAAUAUUUAAAAAGUAAGAUAAACAUAGCCUUAAUCCUAAAACUUACCAUUUUCUGCAAUUUCGCGAGCCGCUUUAAUUAUUUUAACAGUUCUUAAUUUAAACAUAUUUUUCGCAUUAAAUAUUCAAAGAUUUCUUCAUAAUAUAAUAGAUAUAACACAACAAAUAUUUUAAUAUUUAAGCACUAACUACUAUUGAUCAGUACCUUCACGUAAAAACAAAAAGAUGCAACAUUCCAGGAACCGUAAUCGGCAUAACAAUAUCAACCCACUUGGCUGGUACUUUUCGACAGUGCAAUGUAAUAGAAUGUUCAGUCACACAAACAAUCCAAGUGGGUUGGUUGUCUUAUGCGAAAUCUUAAGUGAACUAUUAUUAAACAGAAAUAAUUUGGAGUAGUAUUUUUCAUGGUUUAAUAUUUAGAAUGGCUUGGUUGCUUUUUACACAAUAUAGAAUACACAUUUUUAAAUCGAUAUGUGACAUUAUCUUGUUUUCCUCAAAAAUGUGGGUUGGUUGCUUUUUGCAUAAAGGCCCAAAUAAUGUUCUUCAUUUUGCAAACGUAAUUAAUAAACUAGUUAAUUAUACAGUAAUCUCCACGCUACUAGAUUCAUAGGUAGAUACCUAGUUGCUAUACCCUAUUCCACGAACAUACGCCUCUUUUGGAUUACUUCGACAACGAAUAUUUUACUGUGCAAAAUAAGAAGAACGAAAGUGAAUUGCAAAUUACAUUGUUGUUUAUUGGAAUAAUUAUUAGCGCCAUUUACUUUCGUACUUCUUAUGUUGCACAGUAAAAUAUUCGUUGUGGAAGUAAUCCAAAACAGGCGUAUGUUCGUGGAAUGGCCCAUAUGCUUAUAGGCUAAUCCGGUCCGUUCUCAGAUGUUAAUUUCAUCCCUGUCAUGUGACUGUCGAGACACUAUUCAAAAUAACUUUAUUCAAACACCAAGAAUAUUACAAUACUUUAAAACUUUUACAACUUUAACAAAAUGACGACUUUAAACGUCAAAUACUGCUGAUCUAUUGUUUGUCAACUUUCUAUAUUAAUAUUCAGUUUCUAUUGGGACCGUGCAAGUUCGGAAAAGCGACACCUGGUUUCAUAGCUCCGUAACAUUUUUAGCACUUUUAAUUAUAUUGGCCAAUUAUAUUAGUCCUGGUUACUGGAUAAUUGUCAAGGCCAUAGCCCAAAAAAGAAUAAGAAGAAAAGGUAAGGUUGAGGUUAUGUUAUUAAAAGGUAAAUAUUGUAGGUAUGUAGUAAAUAAAAUUAAUUAUAAUGCAGUACUACAAGCAAAAUACAAUUAAUUAAAUUCACUUUAAUAAUUGCAUAUCAUAUCAAUAUUGUGGAGCAAAAUUAUAACCCAACAUUUGCGAAAUCCCAUUUUCUUCAGUGACAGAAAUAUACGUCAAUUUGACAAUAUAAAUUAUUUAAGAAAUAUGUUAGUUGCAAGAUUUCUCCGUUACUCUCCCACGAACGUUUCUCGUAUCGCCUCCAAGUACUUGCACACAGCGAAUACAUUUUCUGGCGUUCUAAACGUCACUAGACAUAAAAAUAAACAUUGCAACAAGUGAAGGGUCCAGGACUGUAAUAGCUCGAUGUUCCUAUGUAUCUAGUAGGGUGGCGGUUACUGUAUAUUAAAGUAUUUAUCUCUAUUUAAAUUUUUAUCUAGAGUUUGAUACACAUAAAUACCAAGAGCAAAUCAACAAACAUUUUUUGUUGUAUUCAUCUAAAAUAUUUCCAAACUAAAUUAAAAUGUGUGUUUUUUAAAUGUAUUGUAUAACUUGUAACAAUUAAUAAUUCAGUUUUAUUUAUAUAUUUCUUAAAUAUACCGCUAGAAAUAA